GAACAGUCGAAGCUGAACCCUUUCCUGCCCGCAGUGCGUAUGCUAUCAGUGGAAGAUGGCGACCAGAGUCCUUCUGAGCGGUUGCUCCGGCCUCUAUCAGGCUUCAAACACUUUCCGGACGAAAGGACACACUGCUGUUAUCAGGGCUCUGUCAGCAUCUAGUAACCGAACUCGAGAAGACAGCUGGUUUAAAUCUCUAUUUGUUCGAAAGGUGGACCCUAGAAAGGACGCUCACUCCCAUCUGUUAGCCAAGAAAGAGGAUAACAACUUAUAUAAAAUACAGUUUCACAAUGUGAAACCUGAAUGUCUCGAGACGUACAACAAACUCUGUGAUGAGGUGUUGCCAUCCAUCCAUAAUGAUAAGCAUUACCCGUGUGAGCUGGUGGGCACAUGGAAUACCUGGUAUGGAGAACAAGACCAGGCUGUGCACUUGUGGCGGUACAGAGGAGGAUAUCCAGCUCUCACUGAAGUCAUGGGAAAACUGAGGAAAAACCAGGAAUUCAUGGAUUACAGAAAAGAGAGAGGAAAGAUGCUCCUCUCCCGCAGAAACCAGCUGCUGCUGGAGUUCAGUUUCUGGAAUGAACCGGUUCCCAGAGAUGGACCCAACAUAUAUGAGCUGCGCUCCUACCAGCUCCGACCUGGGACCAUGAUUGAAUGGGGCAAUUAUUGGGCUCGAGCGAUUGGCUACCGGCAGCAAAACAGUGAGGCCGUUGGCGGGUUCUUCUCUCAGAUUGGAAGCCUCUAUAUGGUGCAUCACCUUUGGGCAUACAAAGACCUGCAGUCCAGAGAGCGUACAAGAAACGCUGCAUGGCAACAGGAGGGCUGGGAUGAAGCCGUCUAUUAUACCGUUCCCCUCAUUCAGCACAUGGAGUCCAGAAUAAUGAUCCCGUUGAAGGCGUCACCACUGCAGUAAUGAAGCCGAUGGCAUCAUUACCGUUAAAGCUAGGGACUGGACCACGACAUCGGACACUGCCGUGAUCAGUUUCAUUUUCAUGAUGCCAACCAAAUUAAUUUACAGAAUGUUCGUUCUGAUCUUAAAAUUGCUCAAAAUUUGAACCAGCAAACCAAACUCAAUUUUUGUGUGGUGAUAUUGGUUUAUUAGUGAUCUCUCUCUUCCGUAUUAAAGUAAGGGUUUUAAAUAGUCACUAUGGCAAGCCAAAUUGACCUUUAAUCAUGUGCAGGGUAUAUGACUUAUAGAUAUCUACUAGAAUUUUCACCAGUAGCAACAUUCAGUGUGAGCUGAAAGCAACCAGUAAGAAUGCCUUUUAAUAUCUAUAAUUACUCUUCAAAAUCCAUUUCAGAUGUCAAACUGAAAGUGCAGAUUUAAAAAAGAAAAUGGCAUUUUUGUUAUGAAGAAUUGAUAUUUCCAUCAGUAAUGGAGUUGUUUUUGAUAAUUCACAUUUAACUAGUGAAAACCUAAUUUCCGAUUUGAAGUAUUAGCUUUUGAACUAUAGAACAUUGAAUUGUAGUUAUCUAUAAUUCAUAACCUGCUUAUGAUUAUAUGGCAAGCCCUUUUGACAUUUAGUCUAUUGGUAAGGUUUGAAAAACAAGCAAGUUUUAGUUGAAAUAUUUGAAGGAUUUAAAAGUAUUAAAAUAUAUUUAAUUGCCAUAUUAUAAGAGUGCAACGUGUUAUUCUUGCAUCCUACAGUUCAGUAGACUAUUCGUCUUGGAUUUAACUUUUAAAAUCUUCAAAAUACGGCUUGGCUCUGUUGAAUAUGGUCAGAAAGCAAAUGCACACUACUGAAAAAGCACUUUGAAUGUGCUUUAUGUUCACAGAGGCUAAUUUAUUCAUAUAUAUUUAUUGCAUAUUUAUUUGCUGUAAAUAUAAAUUGAGAGGAGAGAAUUUCAGGUUUUAAAAACCAAUUAUGACAGCCAAAUCUAUGCUACAUACUUAAAUGUUAUCAUUGGCUUAUAUCUCUGGUCAAUAUAUGCAUUAAAAGAUUCACCAUACAAAUGCACCAUAUGUUUGUUAAGAAAAAUAUUCAAAAGAUGCAUUCAGCCUCACUAGUAUUUGUUUUGUAUUUCUAAUGCAUCACUUCCUAAGUAGAAAAUGUCUGCUUUUGAAAUGACAUUUGAUUUAUUUUUUGUCUUGUGUAUUGUUUCAGGUUUAUCCUGAUUUGAUCAGACUUGUAUCUUACUAACUGAUGUUGAUGGUUUUCUUUGUGAUUGUGAUAUGCCCCAUUUACUGUCCACUUCUGCCUUGCAGAGGUAAUUGACUAAAGAGCAUUUGACAGCACAAUAUCUUUAAAAUAAAUGAAAAACUGUAACUAUUCA